AUGUCUACGUUUUCGUACGCACAAGCCGCCAAGGGCGUCUCCGGGACACCGAGCCCGUCCAAGACACCAUCAGAAUCCGAGAAGACUGACUCCAAGCCAGAGGAGCAGAUCCCCGCUGAGACUACAACGGAUGACGCACCAGCCCCUACUGAGUCUGAGCCCGUCCAAAAAUCCGAGGUAGUCGCAGAGAAGAGCGAGGAUGAUGAUUUCACCACUGUUACCAACAAGCACUCUAAGACCAAGGCUAUCAACUCUCGAACGUCAAGCCGCACGGGAUCAAAGUCGCGCAAGACAAAGGAGGAUGACUCCAAUACCCCCAACGGCAACGUAGAUGCUACCGCUGAGAAGCAGGCUCCCAGUGAGGGACAGACCGAGAAGGCCGAAGGUGCCGCAGAUAAGUCUGAAAAGUCCGAGGAUUCCGAAAAACCCGCAUCACCACCCAAGGAGCUGAAGGCUGCUCCUCUCCCCUCAGUCAACAUCUGGCAACAGAGACGAGAGGCCCAGGAUGCCAAGGUCAAGACUGUCCCCAAGUCCGCUUCCUCUAGCAAGGCCGCCCCCACCAAGACUGCCUCGACUGUUGAUGAGACUGCGCAAGACUCCAAGGCUGGCUCUAAGAAGAAGGGCGCCGAUGGUGCACAGGAAAGUGCCAAGGAUCGCAAGAAGACCGAUGGAAAAGCACGCGAUGCCGUUCCCUCAGUAGAAGACGCUACCGCAUGGCCCACUCCCCAAGUUGCAAUUGGCGAAGAGAAGAAGAAGGCUCAAGAGAAGACUGAUAAGAGCCCCGUCAUCAGACCCCAUGGAAAGGAAAAAUGGACGCCCGUUCCUUACGUCCCCACUGCUGUUUUCAACACCCCGCUCCCAUCUGCCGGAGGCCGUGGAGGUAGACGCGCCACUCGUGGUGGCCGGGACAGUGGCCGCGGAGCUCACGGUAAUGGAACUGCUGCUACCGACAAGGCUGCCUCUGGACAGGCUGCCCAGGGCACAAAGCCCGCAUCCGGAGAUCGAGGACGCGAGUCUAACACUGGACGUGCCGCUUCUCUUCCCGCACAGUCGAGACGGUCCACAAGCACCGACGCCAGUGCUGCAGCUGAUGCACGCAAGCCUUCCCAGGCACCUGAGCGUAGCCGUGGAGCUCGCAACGGCGAGGAGAACAGCAAGCAGGUCAAUGGCGGAGAGAAUGUCCCCCGCUCUCAGCGUGAGGGCAAGACCUUUGGAAGAAACCAGGAUGCCCGUGCAGGUGAUCGCAACCAGAAGGGUGGAAACUUGGCCGUUGACGCCCAGGCUGCAGCCCGUGGCAACGAGCGUCGCUUCGAGACCGGAUCGAAGUCUGCCGACCCCACCGGUUUCAACGAUUUCAACCGUGAACGCGGAGAGUUCCGAUCUGAGCGUGGAGGCCGUGGAUCUAACCGCGGUCGUGGUGGCGCCUACUCCAACUUCGGCGGCCAGAACGCCCAGUUCAAUGCGUCUAUGUCCAACAACUCAUUCGGUGCGCCCAAGUUUGGCUUCAAUGACCGUCAGCGGUCACAGCAGCAUGGACUCCCCAAUGGAUCUCAACAAGCAAACCGUAUGCCCCUCCGAUCGCCCUCUUUGCCCACUCCUGCAAACAUGUACGGUGUUGUUUAUCCUUUCCCAGGUGAUAUCAACACGAUGUAUGGCUACCCAGCUGUCAACUCGGCCCCGAUGAGCGCUGUUCCCUACCCCCAGCAAUAUGUUGAGCCUUUCUCGCUCAUGAACAUGCUCUCCAUGCAAUUGGAGUACUACUUCUCGGUUGACAACAUGUGCAAGGACAUGUUCCUUCGGAAGCAGAUGGAUUCUCAAGGCUUUGUGCCCCUGAACGUUCUUGCCAGCUUCAAGCGUGUCAAGUCUCUUACUGAGGACUUCGAGCUCCUUCGUCACGUGUCCCGUCAGCUCCGCAGCGUUGAGUGCCAAACUGGUGAGGAUGGUAUCGACCGCUUGCGUCCCAGAGACAAGUGGCAGCAAUGGGUCCUCCCCGUGGAUCAGCGCGAACCUGCCGCCCAGCAUGAUGGUGCCGCCCCUGCUGGAAAGACUGACGAGAACACCCCGGUUUACAACCAGCCCGAGAAUGUGAUCAACGGAUCCGCUCCCCAGUUCGUUCCCAACGGUGUCGCCCAUGAUGUCAAGACUUCACUUUCAUCCACCGCUCCGGAAUUCAUGCCCUCAUUGCUACCCACCGCAGUGAACGAAAUUGCCAAUGUAGGAUACCCCUGGAACCCCCCAGUCUCCCCCGAUGACUCGACCACGUCGUUUUUCUCGUCGUCUUCGUCUUUUCCCGUGGACUAUUCAUUUAUUGACCCUUCUUCCUCAGCGCGCGGACUAGAUUCGCAGUCCGAACCCUCUUUCCCCUCUGAUUUGGAACCGACGGUGGCCCCAGUGAGCAGCUUUGAUACAGAUUACUUUCAAUACCAAGUCGGCGGUGCUGACCGGUUGAUCAACCAGUUUUUUGCUCAAGCGCAUCAACCGGCGUCCAAGUCAAAUAGGAAGGGCCGUUCGUCUACAGAAACGCCAAAUUAUGCCCCCAAAAUUUCCAAUAUGUCCCCCCAAGAAACUUUCGAUGGUCGAAGCCGAUCGGUGGUAACAAGGUAUAGCCUUGGAAUGACCCAGCUCUACCGAUCCUGGUCACUCACCUUGACAAAAAAUUUCGACUCGCAUUUGUACAAUGAAUUUAGGCGUUCAGCCCUUGAUGAUCUUUUGACUCGAAACAUUGACAACGGUUUCAGAGUGCUCAUGGAAUUUUAUCGGAACUGUCUGCUUCAUCCUCGCCCUAUUCCUGACCUUGUGAUGUACGACCUGGUCCAUCUUUCACGAGCUCACGCAUCGCAAUAUCACACCUUCGUCUCCAAUACGAUCCAUGAAACCAUUGCCAGUGGAAAGAUGAAAUCACACAACCGGGGAAGAAUCAGCAAAUAUUUCAAUACCCAGCACGGCAAGAUGGCCGGAGGCAAGAUGGCCAGAGAAAAGUUACCAUGA